GAGUAAAGGGUUCACAAAUGAGCAAGACAUGUUUUAGUUCCCCUAGAAAAAGAUCCUCAUAGAGAUUAAGAUCAGAAAUAACAAAAAGGUGUAAAAUAACCUCUUAGAAAUAGAGCGCCUCCACCGAACGUUUCUAAAGACUCUAUCUGCAAAAUAGUGAAGAAAAAUCUGCCAAAUAGAAAACAAAAAGGACAGUAUACACUAAAUAGGAAAUUAUACAAAAAAUCCUAGCUUACAGAUAUAAGAAUGUAGAAACAUAUUAGGAUGGCAUUGUUGGAGUUACUUUACAAAUAUUGUGAGUUGCAUUGUCCAAACGCGAAAACCGGUUGUAAAUAUGUGUUUGUUGGUAAGGAUAAAACCGAGUAUUGGGAACAUGUGAACAAAUGUCAUUGUAAUGAAAUAUUGCAAGUAAAACAAGAAAGGAAAGUAGAGGCGCCUCAUAAAACACAUGCAUACCCUAGUGUUUGUAACGGAACAAAUGAUGAAGGAUACGACGGCAACAGGAAUAAUAGUAUUGACAUUGGAAGCAGACAAGGUCGUGCUGAAAGCAUAAUAGAAAAACAUCCACAUAAGUUCUCUCAUGGGGAAAGCGACAGAACUGUGAAACAAGAUCCUUCCGAUAGAUAUAGAUCUCGUAGCAUGUCUGGAUCAAGAUGUAGGAGCGAAAAUCAAGUGAAACCCGUUUUGACAAAUGACACUGUGUAUUCGCCCAUGCCAGAGAGAUCUAAAAAUGGAUGGCAGAGAGCAACAACUGGUCGUCGACGACACUCAUCUGAGAGUGAUUCUUUUCCUGUUCAUGGUUACGAACGAUAUGAGAUUGACGGUCAUCAUUCAAGUAGAUACCGGGCUUCAGACGGAAAAGUAACACCCGAUAUAGCAGGAAUUUUCCGUACUGGAACUCCAAGAGGGAAAGUUACACCGUCUAUAAGAGAUUUAUUUCGUCCCUAGUGUACAUUCGGUUAGAGGGAUUGGACUUCUGAGAUAUUGUUUAGUGAAGCUGUUGAAAUAAUUGAAUAUUUACAAGCAAUUAAAACGUUAUAGCAUGAUGACUAAAAUUAUUUGAAAAACCAUGAAAUAACUGUACAAGGGUUUGACAUUUAUAAGGAAAAUGCUAGGGUAAGAAUGCAGUGAUAAAAUUCACCUUCGAUAUGACUUUGGCAUUCGGAAUUAGCCAAGUAUUUGAUGUUUAUGCAUCGGUUAUACUUUCUCUGACUAGAUCUAUCUAUUUUCUUUGACAUCUUAACUUGGAUUAGUAAAUUACUUGGGAUACUUAAAGCCAGUGUCAACAAAUGGGAAAUAAUGGAUAGCAAUAACGUUGUAAAUAUAUUACAAAUAUAAGAAUGAUAUCAUGUUAGAACUGUUUAUUUUUCAGCCACCGCAUUUUCAUCGUAUGUAUGCAGUUAUCGGUAACCUCUACUUCAGACUUAAUGAAAUGAAAAAUUAACUAUUGGCAAAACAAGACGUUCUAUCAAAGUGGUUAUCGCGCUUUUCUAAACGGGAUGUUUAUUCUAAGUACAUGCUGAGUUUGAUUUGAUAUCGAAAUUUUACCAACAAAUUUUACUAGAGCUUCUAGAUGGCUGAUCAUCAGGACAACAUGAUCACUUGGAAAUAGUCAUUAAUUUUAAUCAUAAAUAACAAAAAGUCUAAGCUGAUACUGAAAAUGUUUUGUGAACAUGAGACCAGGUUAUUAUAUUUAAAAGUGAUUUACAUGUAACCUACUUUGCUAUCUUUCAAGGUUAUAUAAUUUUGUAAAUAAUACAUUUCUCAAUAUUAUCCAGUUAUCAAGUAUUUAAACAAUACCUGUGAUUGUGUGCUUGUACACGGAAGUAUAACUUACAAUUUUGAUCAGUAAUAUUUAGUUUCAUACCUUAUAUUUAAUGUUUUCUAAAGGAUAACUGUAAUGCUUUCGUAAGUUAAACAAGUUAUAAGCUUGCUACAUAGAAACGUUUUGGGAUAUUCAACUACUCGAAUGGCUGUGAUGAAAUUGUUGCAUACACAUUGUUGGCUGAUUUGUCCAUACGAAGAAAACUGAUGUAGAUAUGUUUUUAGGGGUAAGGAUAAAGAAAGGUUUGUGAGACACAAAAAGAUAUGCAGAUAUGGGAAAAGUCCAAAGGUUGAUACCGAAUGUGGAGUGGUUCGGGAUAUUAGUGGUAGCUUUGAGACUAGCAGUAUUGAAUAUGAACUAAUGGCAAUGGCAGCUACACAUCAAUAUGAAAGAGAAGAGAAUAAGAGAAGUCUGUAUAGGUUUCCCAGAGGUGAAGCAUCUCCGAUCAUUUAUAUCAAUGAAAGACUAAAUUAAUUUAAAA